AUGAGGUGCCUGGCUGUUCUGUUCGUUCUUGUCGCUCUUUCUGAAUCUAUCACUCGUGUUCCUUUGCAUAGAGGGAAGAAACUAAGAAACAUUCUAAAGGAGAAAAAUUUGCUAGAACCUCUUCUUCAGAAACACCAUUAUGAUAUUGGUACCAAGUAUCACCCUGCUUUUUCUAAUGCUGCCCAAGUGGCCGAUGAACCACUUUUGAACUUCUUAGAUACAGAAUACUAUGGAACAAUCUACAUUGGAACUCCACCACAGACGUUUACUGUUGUGUUUGACACAGGAUCGUCCAAUCUCUGGGUACCCUCUAUCUAUUGCAGUGAUACAGCAUGUCAAACCCAUCCAAGGUUUGAUCCUUCUCAGUCUUCUACCUUCCAAAACGCACAGCAGACUAUGUCAAUUCAGUAUGGCACAGGAAGCAUGGAAGGCAUCUUAGGAUAUGAUACUGUGAUGGUAUCCAGCCUUACUGACACCAGGCAGGAGUUUGCCUUGAGCACCAGUGAGCCUGGAGUCAUCUUUACCUAUGUUAAAUUUGAUGGGAUUCUGGGUUUAGGCUACCCUGCCAUUGCUGUUGCUGAUGUAACUCCCGUCUUUGAUAACAUGAUGAAUGAAGGCUUAGUGCAAGAAAACUUGUUCUCUGUUUAUCUCAGCAGAGGAACAACUGGGAGCAUGAUCACUUUUGGUGGAAUUGAUGAAUCUUACUACACUGGCUCCAUUAACUGGAUACCUGUCACUGAACAAGGUUACUGGCAGAUUGCACUGGAUAGCAUUUUAGUGAAUGGCCAAGUGAUUGCUUGCAGUGGUGGCUGCCAAGCCAUUGUUGACACUGGUACCUCCCUCUUGGCUGGCCCUCCGUCUGCCAUAAGCAACCUCCAAAAUGCUAUUGGAGCUACUCCAGGACAAUAUGGUCAGUACGACAUCAACUGCAGCAACCUUUCUAAUAUGCCCGAUGUUGUUUUUGUGAUCAAUGGAAUUCAGUUUCCUCUGACCCCAGAAGCCUAUACUAUGAAGGAGUCCCAAGGAAAUUGUAAUAGUGGUUUCCAAAACACAUCUGGAGACCUCUGGAUCCUAGGAGAUGUGUUCAUCAGAGAAUACUACAGCAUUUUUGACAGGGCAAACAACCAAGUUGGAUUGGCAAAGGCAGUCUAG